GAUCAUCCAACUGCCCAAUUGAUUCAGGAAAGAAUAUGAAGAUUGUAAUAAAGACUCCAUAAAGACUCCUCUCUUUCUUUUUUACUUAAGCUUGGAUUUUAGUGCCUUGCUCCUUCCAAAUAAAGUCUUUUUGCUGUCCCUCUUUAAUGAUAUAUAUUCAUCAUCAUCUUCUUCAUACAUCUCUAGAGAAACCCUCUUAAUUCUUCAGCCAUGGUUGUAACACAGGAGCAUGAGGUACCUAGUGGAUGGCCACUUGGGCUCGAAAACAUGAACAUAAGGCUAAGAGUGUCUGAGAGAUCUCAGGUUGUAACAGCUGCAGCAGGAGAAGCUGCAUACCGUUUAUAUGUAUCUUCCCAAAGUUUCUCAUCUUUUUCAUCCUCCAAUCUUGACACUGAGUCCACAAUGUCUUUCUUCCAAGAUCAAAGUGUAUCUCUAGGCCGACUUAUCGGUAUCAAAACAGCAAACAGAGGAAAAUUGGAAAUUUCAAACAGAGUUAAUUGUGAGAAAAAUGAGAAUGUUUCUGCUAGAAGAUCAAAGUCAGGGGAUUACAAGGGACAGGAAGGGGAAAAUAUGUCACCGAAACUUUGUGUUCCAUUGCUACAUAAUGUGUUAGAGAAGAUGAGUCGUAGUAAGAGUAACUCACACUCACCUAAAAAUUGAGUUUUCCACAAAUGUUUAAGGCAAGUCACUAAAAUGAUUGAGACACUAGUGAUGUUGCUGUGUCAAUUCUGUUUUUCUUAUGUUCUCUUCUUUGUAUUUUGCUAAUAAAAUUGUACUCAGUGAAUAAAAUAACACACAAUAGUUCCCA